GAAUUAUAGACCAGACAGGACAAUCAUCCUCAGCAGCCAGCUCUCCCUUUCCACUCGACCCCUUCUGUUUUACUGGAUGAACACAUUUAUGUGGCGGAAGUGAGUGCUGGAGUUUAUGUUGUGCAUCUGAAACCACACCACAUGAAAGCUGACGAUACUCUGUGACACGGCUGAAGAAUUGGACUUUGAGUUCCUGCAAUCGAAGAACAAUUCAGGACAGAUACCUCCGAGGAGAAUCCUCCAGUCCAAACUGCGGUAGACGAGGCUUUGCAUCAGCAAACACUUAGCAGAACAAACGGGUGCUUACUCACAGGAAACAAAAGGUACAAACAUGUCUGAAUAUGAUGACAAAGGAGACUGGAAGGAAAAGGAAGUCCCUAUGAGCAGACGGCCCGCUGUCCCUGAGGUCCUGGAAGAGGAUGCUGAAAGCGCAGGUAAAAAACUCUGCAAGACAGCCGAGGAACAGGAGGCAGAGGAACCAGAGGAGGGGCUGGCAUCGAUGUGCCGUAGCCACAAGCUCUGGGACGGCUAUAAAGAGGACAGGGCCUUUACAGGAGAACCUCUGGCCCCAGACGGAAGCAAAGUAAGGAAUGAGGCGGAACUAGGUUGGAGCGAAAGUGAUGAGGACAUGGGCUAUUUUCAGAAAGGACCUCAAGAUGAAAGUUGGAUGAACACACAAGGUGAUUUUCUUCCGGAGGAAGAGCGAGAGAGCGCCAACGAGAGGGGUGCAGAGUCGGAUGAGUCGAUGUACAAAGACAAAGAGAAGGAGGAGAAGAAAGCUAACUUCCUCACCAUGCUGUCUCCCCGAGAGGAUGGAGGCCCGUGCGGAGAUGAGGACGUUCUUAAUUUUCCUAUACGAGACCUAGUGCAAAGUCUGGGGGAGCUCGUGUCUGGAGAGGACACGGUGGAGGGCUCUACUGAAAGAGGGAAGGAAUUCACUGGGGAUGACCACCAACGGGCUGGGGCGACCGAUGCCGUGUUCCCCCCAGACAUCUCUUCUUGGGGGAAAGACGAGGCCGCAGAUGAAGAAAGCAAAGGCAAUCUGGAUGCAGUGCUUUCUGCCUCGAGUGAGACAUCUCAUCUUGAUAGAGAGACAGAGCCCACACUGUUAGGUACAGGAAAUAUUGACAAUAAAGAAGACCGGGAUUUGGGUUCUGGAUGGACCGAAACAGUUGUAGAAGCAAAGUGCAGGGCUUUCACAGCUGGGGCAACGGACGACAAAUGCAAAUCAAAAACCCUUCCAUAUGCACAAAGAACUGUGCUGCCAUGUUGGAUUGAUGUUGGAGAGGAGAUAGGUACGUGUCCAGAGAAUGCAGAUCAUACCCAAGAUGAGGCAGAGCUAAUUGGAGCAACCAACACAUGCUCUCCAUCAGAUAAAGAUCUUCAUCAUUUCUACGACCAUACAUGUGCCACAGAGUCCACCUUUGACGCAAGACCACCAAUAAUACACAUCAUCAGCAACAGUGAUGAUAUCCAAGCUAACAAGACUGAUGGGGAAUGCAAAAGAGAUGAUUUAAGUCAGCAUGAGUCAGCUCCUGCACUCAGUCCACCGCCAUUACAGAAACACCAUGUCGAGAUGAGGACAGUCUCUGAAGACUCAUCUCUGACAAAGAUCGACACCACAUGGGAGUCACCGACUGGUGGCGAGGACAACAUGUGGGCAAAAAUGCCUGGGUUCUCUCAAGAGUCCAUGUUAAACACAGAAGACAGAGGCAAGCAGAACUCACAGUCUUCACUUGAAACUGCAGAGCCUGCCAAGGGGGCCUCAAAAGACCCCUUCAACACAGACAUUCAGGGUGACAUACGCCCCAGCACCUUGUUGUCCUUGGCUUCGGGAAUUGCUGAGCUCGGAUAUGAUGGAGACGAGUAUGAAGACAGCAGGAAUUGGGAAGACGAACAGGAGAGAAUCCAGGCUUUCUACAAGUUUUACAAUGAAAGCGAUGGGGAAAUGGAUCAAGAAGGCAGGAAGACAAAAGUACACUUUUGCAUGGAUCUGUUGCCUCAAGUCUUUCACUAUGAUAGUGAGGCGGAUUUAUUGGACAGUUCUACUGAGGCAGAGGAAGAGAUGAUCCCUGAAUACAACGGGAAGAGAGAAAAUGAUACACCCACAUUGAACUCAAAUCUACAACUCAACCGCGAUGUGGUACCAGAGACUGGUCUUGGGUUGAUGAAAUCCAUCCUCAAGAUGUUCCUGGUGAUGGGGGCUGGCCUGCUGGUGUUCUGGUGGACUAUGGAUGAGACUGACUUCCUUGGACUCCCUCUUUUCAAGGGAUAAUAUGCCUACCUUCUUUAUUCAUGUGAAACAUUGCUUGAUGGCUUGUCCAAAGUAAAUUCCAUUAAUAAAUUUGUAUUUCACAAAGAAAUGUAAAUCUGUGAAUGACAGUUUAGAGCCAUGGAGGGAUUCAAGACGGAGGCCAUGUGUUGCCUGGUUUAUAAUUUGCAAACAAUACAAUUAGUGGAACCGUUACGUAUAUUAGCUUUUCAACUUACAGUCGAGGACUCAGCGCUUGUAGCUGUUGAAAUUAAAUAAUUUCUCAGACACACACACACACACACACACACACACACACACACACACACACACACACACACACACACACACACACACACACACACACACACACACACACACACACACACACACACACAGGAGGAUCCAUAGUUUUGUUCCUUGAUCAAGAUAAUUUUCUUAUUAUUUUUUUUUAAAGAUCGAGGGAUACAAUGCAAGAUAUAUGACAGAUGAAUAGUUCCGGAGCUAUUUUGUCAACAAAAAAAAAGAUCCAGGACAAAC